AUGAGGAUGACAAUUAGACAACCACCUAAGGUUGGAAAACCAUACGCCAAAUGGAGUGAAGUUCAAGACGAACAUUUCAUUUAUUUUAUUGCUGAACAAGUUAAGUUAGGAAGAACGCAACAAGGAGGAUUAACGACCGAAGGAUGGGAUGGUGUAGAAAGAGAAAUGAAUAAGCUAUACGGGGACAAGUUAGAUAAGACUAAAAUGAAAAAUAGGAUGAGGACAUUGAAGAAAACACGUGCUACUAUGAAGAGAAUGAUACAACAUAGUGGAUUUGGGUGGAAUGAAGAAACUCGAAAAGUUGAUGCUGAAGAUGAUGUCUGGGCUCACCCAAAAGAUGCUCAAUAUAGAACGAAAAAGUUGCCAGAUUAUAGUACUUUGGCUUUGAUUUUUGGACAUACCGUCGCUGAUGGUAGGAGUGGGUGUGAAAUUAAUGAUGUUGAGGAUUUUCAAAAUGAGUUUUCCGAUGAUGAUAUAACUACUGAAAAAGUUACUACACCUGCUUCUGAAGAUGUGCAAUUUGUGGACAAUGACCAUGGAUGUUUUGAUCAGAAUAUAAACUUUACGACUGAGCAACCAACUUUGACAUCACGUCCAAAAAGAAUUAGAAACUAUAUUGGAAGCAGCUUGGCUAAAUCUGUUGAUAGAUGGACAUCAAUAGCUGAGGAACAAAUAAGGCUACAACAUGAACCAAAAAACACGUCUGCGGAGAAAUUAAUGCCUUUGAUAUUGGAACUAGGCUUGUGUGAUGAAUGGAAUAUACAAAUUAUUGACCUCCUAACAAAUGAGAGAAAUGCUGAAUUUUUUGGUGCUAUGGCUCCAGAACUUCGGAAGAAAUGGGCUAUGAGCAAACUUGUUUUAUUUGAGUGA